UAGCAGCCGGCAGCCAGCUUUGGUUGCGAGUCGCAAUCGUAUAUUGGCGUAUGGUUGGACGGGCUUACUGAUUACAAUACGAAUUUGCAUUAAUUUUUGUUGAUCAAAGAUACACUAAAAGUGAGAUGAAAUAGCAUAAAAUAAUUUUUAUUAUCAGUGAGAUAUUUGUGUAUGAAGUGAAAAGUUAAAAAUGCGUACAGUGUUAUGUUUAGUUAUCAAAUAACAAUGCAAGUUGUGUUUGAAACCUAGGGCAGUGUUGUGAAAGUUAUAUUCUGUUUUGUCGGUGCCGAUAUAAAAUGACCGAUAAAAACAAAUCCGAGAAGAUGACUAAUACUUCGAAACCUGUUCCGAUGAAACUUUUUGCGGCCUGGGAAGUCGACAGGACACCUUCAAAUUGUAUUCCAAGACUAUGCACCCUGCGCGUGAGCCGGUUGCGGGUAUGCGGCGCGCUAGGCGAGGCCGGCGGCGGAGCGGGCGGGGCGGGAGUGCUAGCGGGAGCGGGAGCGGGAGCGGGCGCAGUGACGCUGGCGGCGCGCAUGCACAGCAGCAAGCGGACGCUGCGCUCGAACGACAUCGCCGUGCCGCCGCUCGAUGUCGAGCUCGACCUGUGCUUCUCGCUGCAGUACCCGCACUUUGUGAAGCGCGACGGCAACAGGCUGCAGAUAAUGCUACAACGCCGCAAGAAGUACAAGAAUCGUACCAUACUCGGAUACAAGACUCUAGCGGAGGGUGUCAUUAGGAUGGACCAGGUGCUGCAACGUUCGAUGGACAUGGAGCUGGAGCUGACGAGCGUGGGAGGCAAGGUGGGUGCGGCGGCCGGGCAGCCAGUGGCCAGGCUCACCAUCAGCGGGCUGGCCUCCACGCCCGUCGACCACGACACCAAGAACAACAACACCCUGCUCAUCACCGAGCGAGGCUAUUCAGAUGAAGAAGAGGAGGGUGAAUUUAGCUCGGUGGAGGAGGCAGACGAAAUGACGUAUGGAGCGGCCGCCAGGCGGAGAGCACACAGACAGAUUGAAUUCAACAAGACUGAUUUCUCGUAUACAAAGCUGGGCUACAUGGACCGAGAGAGACAGAGCUAUAUGUUCCGCUCUAAGGCGCAGGAAAGGGACAGCGAUAGCGAGCUCGAACACGCUCCAAGCAAGCGCAAAAGCAGCCGCGGCAAGCUGGCGCAACGCAACUUGAAGCAGAAGUUUGCGGCGCUGCUGCGGCGGUUCAGAGUCCCCGAGGAGCUGGGCGAGCGCGGUGCAGCCCGGGACAAUCACAACGCGCAGAGGGACAUCGACGAGCUGUUCCAGGAGUUGGAGUCGCUGUCAUGCGGCGAGGGUGAAGACUCCGGUCCCGACCAGAUGGACACCAUCAGUAUCGGGUCUACGCCCAAACCCUCACUGCGACCCUUCUUCAGCAGCUCCAGGAGUCUCGCCAACCAGGACCACCAUCGACACUCCAACGAAUCCGAGGCUGUGCGUAGCUCGGCGGGUGAUGAACGCGGCAGUGAAGGCAACAGUGAUGGUGACAUUACCCUGGACGCUCCGGUGUCUGGUGCCUCCGUGUCCAGCUCGCCACCCAACGAAAUCAAGGAGGACAAGAGGUCGCGGUUGUUUCGCAGCGCCACUAGCGGCGGUAACUUGACAGGCGGGCACGCAUGCGGCGCUCGCAAGAAGAACUCACUCGUCAUUGGCACCGAGCGACCUCUGUCGGCACACGACCUGCCAGCACUCAGCCCUACUGCACUAGAGCCGCGCCGCGUGAUGGCAGAGCAGGUGCUGCGAGUGCUGGGUGACGAUGGCCCGGUGCCGGAGUGUGUGGCCGUGGCGCCCGCGGGGCUGGCGCGUGCGCUGCAGGCCUUGGCCGUGCCCACGGCCGUGGCCCCGCCCGGCAUGUUGCCUGACGCGCGGCCGCUGCUGCAGGCGGUGCUGGCGAGAGCCACCAAACAGGGCAGCCGGCGGACAAUACGCGUGUGCGUGUGCGGUGGCGACGCCGCGGCCGCGGGCGCGUUGCGAGCGCACACGGAGCUGGCCGCACGCCGGCCGCACGACGCGCCGCCGCUGCGGUACUACAUAGUGCCGCUGGGUUCAACGACAGUGUCGCGGUACUUGAGCAGCUCGGACCCCACGUACUGCGCGCUCUUCAACAACGACAGCUGGUCGGCGUUGUGCGAGCGAGCUGCCACCGACAGCGAGCGAUCUGACCGCUCCGAGAUAUCUUCCAGGAUCGCCAGGUAUCUGAACAGCAUCGGGCCCGUUAAUAACAUCCCGAUCGGAGAGGCGAUGGUGGCGUACCGGGACAAGGCUGGUGAUGAGGACUCUAGUCAGACCUUCGUGCCGUUUGUUGCGGAAGUCCGCGUGGGCUGGUCGGAGGGGUACGGCACCUCCCUGGAGGGGGAGGAGGGGUCACCUCCCGCGCGACCCUCGCCACCUGCCACGCCUGCACCGGACCCCGCGCCCGCUGACCCGCUGGAGCUGCAGCUGGACUACUGGCUGGUGGGCGGCAAGUACGAAACUUCAGAAGGUGGGGGGGUGACAGGUGCGGGGGCGGGGGCGGGGGGUAAGGUGACCGUGAAGGCGGCAUUCCGCGCGCUGCUGGUCACACGUCACAAUCACCACCUCGCUAUCACCUACCUCACCAAGGAGAAGAAACAAAAAAUAAUGCGACUUGGUAAGAAGAAAGAAAAGAGCGGCGAAGGCGAGGCAGGGCGGGCGCACACUGUAGAAGGGGUCGCCAGGUUGAUCUGCUCGGCUAAAGGCACGCAUACACCGCUCAAAGUGUACAUCGAUGGCACUGAAUGGAACGGCGUUAAGUUCUUCCAACUGUCCACGCAAUGGCAGACGCACGUCAAGACAUUCCCCGUCGCGACGUGCGGCGCACCCCUCGCGCCGCAGGAGACAUAGGCGUCGCACACAAUCUCUAGAAGAGUACGCGAUGCAGAAAAAGAGGCUCUAGUACACUCGCAAUAAUGUUCAAAACUAUGUGUCGAUAUCAGCGACAGAUAAUUGCUUCUGGCUUCUAGCCGAGAUGGUUCUACAAGAGGACAGGCGAAAUGAGGCUCUAAAGCAAUCGUAAUAAUGUUCAAAACGGUAUAUCGUAGCGUUACUUAAUCGAGCUGCCAUUAAUUAUGAGCGUUCGGUGCACUUGGUCCCAAAUACUACGUCGAAAUGCAAUAUUACCAACAUUGUAGAUCUGACGUAAUAUAUUAUAAACAUGAACAGGGUCGGGGUGAGCUACUUGUCUAAUAUAUUGGAAAAGACAAUAACAAAUAUACGUUGUAGUCACAUUGGCCAGAGACAAUCCUCAGUUUAUAUUGCUAUCAAGGCACCGAACGCUCAAUGCAUUAGUCAUGUAGUAUGUAGUUGUACUCAGAAUAAACGUUCGUGACAUUUCCAUGUACUAUGUUAGUUAGUGUAUCGGUGUAUAGUACGACUGUCGUCGGCAUAUCAUGUACUGGUAGGUGGUUAUUUUUAAUCUGUGAUUAAUUUAUUUACAAUAAGCAGCGGAGUGAUUUUGUAGUUUGAAGCAAUAGCUUUCGUAUUGUGUAGCGUUUUGUAUUUAGCCGGUAGCUGUGCGGUGGUCGGUGCAUUGCCCUAGUGUACACAAUUUUGGCGUUGACUGUAUAUAUAUAUUGUGCACCGAACUUAACCUCAAUACCAAUAUUUAAAAAAAGUAUGUGUGUACUUAUGUACGCACUCAAGAAGUUAUACUUAAAAUUAUGCACUAUGUUAAAAAAAACUGUACGAUAAUUGACAAGGAUAUGAAGUUAAUAAUACUAAUAACGAUAAAAUCAAAAAUCAAAACCACUUAGAUUAAAGCUAUGAUAAAAAGAACAUUUCAUAUUAAAUGUUUUCAAGAAUCUUGAGAAUCCUUGACUUAUUUAUUCUACCAGUAAACUCAGGUCAUCACCUUGAACUCGGCCCAAAGGGCGUAAGCUAGCAUUAGCUGCGCGGCGUGGCGGCUCAAACGAGUAAGGUGGGCGUUGUAUAUUAUUAAUACACAACUUUCGCUUUUUCCGCCGCCCGUACGCCCUUCACUGGGUACUUGAAUGAAAUGGGUGUGUGGGCGGAUAAAAAUUAAAAUGGCCGCAGUUAGAGGUGUCUAAACUUUUAUAAUUGGGUACGUUAAUAAUCUUUUUUUUACUUUAUUUAAAUGUGCUUAUUUCCUGAUAAUCAAUAUUUAUUUGUUCUCACUACUUGAUACUAAUAUUCGCCUCAAGAUACCAUACAGGAUUUUUUUAACAACCUUUAUAUUGAAAUUUAUUUAAUUCUCGCCCAUUGGUUGUGGUUCAGUAGCCAUAUAAGUUACAAGAGGCUUGGAGCUGAAGUCAUACAAAUGAUCUAGUUUACCAGCUAACUUCAGGGUGUCGAAUUUGCGUGACGGUGUGCGCUCGCCUCGUAAGAAUUCAUUCUUGUAUUAUCAAAUAAAAAAGAGUGACAAUAACUGGAAUUGACGUAUAACGGUAUAAGCAAUAUUUUAACGCACGCCUAAUAUGAUAUCAAUUCAUAAUUUACUAUGUAGUACUAGUCCCCAAAAAUAUGAACAAAAUGUGACAUUGUAGUAUAUUUGAUAUAUUUCAUAAUAAUAAUUAUUUCAAUACAGAACAAACCAGAAACCUUAGAUCAUUUUAUACGUCUACAUAGGUCAUAGACUAAGAGAGCUGUGAAAACGUCGAUAGACAGUAAUUUCUAUGUAUUUUGAGCAAUGCACACACUCUAACACAGUGUGUGUGCAUUAUACAUACAAACCGACAAAGUAAUAAACUUGAUUUCAUCGGUUCUCUAGCAGCAAGGGGCUCUAUCUAUAUGCAUAAAUUAUCUUAAGCCAGAAAGUUAUCAACUAUUAACAAAUUAUCAAUUAACAAUGGCUGCCCCCGCGUACUGUUUACAACUACUUGGAGUUGUCAGUUUUUAAAUAAUUUCAUCGUUGUGUAUCGUUCAAACUUACAAAAAAGCUAACAUGCGUAGAAAUGUUAUGGAAUUUUUAUUAUAAUAUUGAAUUUCAAAAAAGCCCUAAAAGCGUUAAUAUUUGGAGUGUUGGUAGCACUGAGUGGUGGGGGGGUUAGAAAUGUGUCUCUAACUCUUUCUGGUUUGUUCUGUAUUCUGAGGUCUAAAUAAAGUCAUCUAGUGUAGUAGUAGCAAGACGGUGUAUGUGGCGACGAUCUUCUUUCAAGCACAGUACAAGUAAUAGUACAGUAGCGUAACUUAGCGGUCUCCUUUGAAAUGUAUACCUACGUCUGGGCGGAGUGCUAGGGUUGGUACAUAGCGACCAGUCUCGACGGCUUACCGAGUGGCAUUCCAUAGUUUUGUCUUCCCAAGAUUGCUCAGCGGCCGUGUAAAUCGUGUGUAUGUGUGGGAGCAUGUAUUCGAGCGCUCUAAUAUGAAGUUCCAUUACUGUUUUGUGCUUCAAGUGACCCGCUCGAUUACCCCUUGUGUCACAUGCUUCGGCAAUGCAUUGAUUUCAACUGCACGUGUGUUUAGACAUAGAUACGUCUGAGUGUCAGUAUUAAAUUUUGAAAUCUUUCUAUAAAUGUAAUUUACUCCGAGCCAGCUUGAAGAUGUUUUUCUAUCGCUGUGUUGUUUUUUACUUCUCAUCUAGAUUAGAUGAUUGCAAUCGAACGAAUUCAUUAUAUCACUAGUGCUAAUUCUGACGGUAGUUUAAUGUUCUGUAUUCGAUAGUUCGCAAGCAACCACGCUUUUAAAGAACAAGAAACUUUUUGGACAAAUUGUAUUUAUUUUAUAUUCUUUAAAAGCGCGGGUUGUAUGUUUAUUUAUAGUCUGUGGCUGUGCGUGUUAAGAUAAAAUUAUGGAGGGAAGAGGUAAAGAGAAUCAUCUCUUAAGGGAGAAAAUUUGAAAAAGUUUCCAGCUGUAUAUGCUGUAAAUAACAGUUCAAAAAGCUUCCACAAUGGCGCUGGUGUAGGCACAGGGUAUGGUAUGAAGUAUGGUGAAUGUAGCAAUUGUAAACGAAUUGAAGUAUGCCGAAGAAUUUAAUAUUAUUAUCGUCUAAAGUAAUUAAUUAUUGACAACAAUAUGUUAUGUUUUUAAAGUGAUAACCCUCACUUCUAGGAUUGAUACACAAAUAAAAUUUGAACUCGAACUGUUAGCUCAGUUGGUUAGAGCACCGGCACGGAACGCCGGAGGUCGUGGGUUCGAUUCCGCAUCGUUCAUAAAAUUUUGUUUUUCAAAUUUUAUUUGUGUAUUGACAACAACUUACGUUGUACAAAAUAAUGUAGUUAAUAUAAUUAUUAUAGGGAAACGUGCACCUAGCGUUAUUUUAUAUUUGGCGCUUCUUUUAAGAUUUACCCUGAUGCUACUGUAGCGCCACCCUAAUUUAAUGCAUUUUGACGGACACUUUUUCAUAUACUCCGAUGAUUCUCCUUACCUCUUCCCUCCAUAGAUAAAAUAUAAUGUAAACGUCGUCAGUUUGACGUAGUGUUUAACAGUUUCACUGACAUUGAUUUGUUCAUGACAUUUUAAAUUUUUAGUAGUAUAUUUUAGUGGUGCUCUUCCUUUUUUUUUCUAUCUUCGCACGUCGUGUGCCAAAUAGUUUAUAUUGCUCGCUUCGCUGUCAGUUAU